UAGGAGUUGUUGGAUGUUAAAAAAAAUCACCCUGCUUUUGGCUUCAGUCAGUAUGACUUUCGGUGGGUUAUGCUGUAACACUGACACUGGUGUAUUGUCAAAAUAUGCAUGUAGAGUGGAAAUUGUAGCCGUGCAAUGAACCUAAAGCUGUUUGUUUUUCAUAAUGGAAUACUACUUGUACAAUAUUAUAGGUGACAGCACGGACAUUGUUUUGCAAAACACACUUGUUAUAAUCCAAAGAAAUGCGCAAAAGUUAUUUUAAAUUUUCAUCCUUGAAAAGAUAUCAGUCAUUACAUCCAGAAUGUUCCUCGAAGCUUUAUGAAAGCAUUUUGCUUUCAUAUUGGAAAAGGUGCUAUUGGAAAACUAGCACUGAAGAGAAAGUCAACAUACUUCUUGAAGACCCUCCAGUCAAGUUUAAUUAACAUAGACCCAGUGAAUCGAUAACCGAGCCCUGAAUUUAGUGGUGUGCUCUACAAAUUCCCAGUGAACUGGAUAAGAUAUUGCUGACAUUUCAUCUUUUUCAGACAGUUAUGACUCUCUUAAAUAUUACAUAAAGCGUAGGACACUGGUGGAUGCUAGCUAUUUCACUCCUUUGAUCAACAUUAUCAGAACCCCGUGUCAGUCUUGAUUUAUCUGCAGUGCUGUUCGGGGAUUCAUAUAUCGUCCAGCUACAGGCAUCACAGGCGUUUGACCCCUCUGAGAUGGCCUUUAUUGAACAGGACUUUACUGCACUCUGAUACUACGUUGCAUUUCAAUCAUGGUGAGACACUUUCUGAUCUAAAUGCUAAUGUAGUAUCCUGUAAUCUGAGUAUGCUCACUUUACUUGUAAAACCCUGUUUCGUCUCUUGUGUCCUACCUUAUCUCCCACUGCUCUGAAAGAUGUGUUUGCAGGAAUUAAGUUUAGAUUGAGGUUUCACUACAGGACUAGCUUCCGGGGUUUUUUGUGUGUAUUUAAUUUCAUGGGGUCUGUGAGUGAGUGAGUCCCGUGUGCACCUCUAUGUCUGCUGGUUUAAGAAUGUGUCACAAAUGCUGCUUUUUCUCUCAAAUCCUCACAAGAGCUACAAAAACAGUCUGUAGUACUCAGCAGAUGGCUCCUUUCUCACAGUGUGUCUGUCAGUGGUUUUUCCCGUUCGAGUAGAUAAGUAAACAGAGAUUUUAAGAAAUAUGUCUAAUGGAGCACUGGGUUAAACAAGAUCACCUCUCUAAAAGUGUACAUGGCUAAAUAACAUCAUUAAUUUAACUUUAAGAAACAGUCCUAGAUUCCUUAGCUUUAGUGCUAUUUUCAGGAAACCUCACAUGCUGUUACAGUGGGACCUCAAGGGCAGCAUAAUACCAUAAACUCCUAAUUAAUACCCUUUCCAGACACCUUUUAUUGACUUCCUGGUUGCAAAUCACCCAAGAAUGACUGAAGAAUUAUGCUACUGUCUGGCCAGCCUCUUCUCAGAGGGUAAUACUCAGAGCAUCAUAAAAGGGCAGCAAACUAUAAAUAUCAAACCAGAUGUCAUCUGAUUUUAAUUUGAUUUGGGAGAUGAGACAGACAUCAGAAUUAAUAGCUUAUUAGCUCAUCUCUACAUUAUUGCAUAUCCGUGGAUCACAAAGUGCCAAGAUGUCCUCAUCUUGCAGUCAGCUGAAGCAGUUACUGUUUAUGUUCCUCAGAGUAUUCGGUCAUCAUAGGCUAUGCUGUGUUGUCUGUUUGUGUCCAAAGCAACAAGCGUGGCCUUGAGAGGCUCUACGGGCCACAGAGACAUACUAUGUGGGGUGUAACUCUUUGUAGUUUUAAUCCUCUCUUUAUAUCCGGGCCUUGAUCAUAAAUUCACACCAGGGUCAUGUCCUGUUACAUGUGAUUUACUGUAUGUCUGCAGGUCUGAUAUGGUUUCAGAUUGACUGAUCAAAGGUAUGUAGCAUUAAAUCCUUGUGUAAUAUGAUCAAAGUUAAAUUAGAGCCAUUAAUUGUGUUGUGGACUUGUUAGAAGCCAUCAGUUACACCCAACCCUUUGUUUUUGAAAUUCUCUCUUUUUCUUAGUGGUUCAGGGAAUGCCAUCUUAUUAGAACCACCGUUUUAUUUUUGGUUUGCUGUCAUGAGUGAAAUGACCUUGUGACUGGGGUUGUGAUUGUCAUAAUUCAAUUUCAGUUACUGAAUCAGAGACAUUCAGUGGCAAGAUAUCAAAAACAUCUAAAACGCUUCCUCAUGAAAGACGGUAUUCUGUUCAUUAAUUUCCCUAAAAUAGUGGGUCUAGAUUUUUGGUUUUGAAACUAAAGGAAGAUUCGAACAAUUACACGGGUCCGUAAAUUUGGCUGUAAAUCCUAACACUUAAUGUAAUAUAAUACUAAGUAACCUGGUAAUACCUCAAGAAGCUGAAAGUCUAAUUCAAGGAGUUGCUCCAAUCACAUUCUAAUCAAUUGUUUUAAAAUAAACUGUGUUGAUGAGGAGGAAAAAAACUGUAUCACAAUCGACAUACUUAUGGGCCUAACUAUAUGUUAAAAUAAAACAGAAAUUGUUCUUACAGUGCCCCAAAUUUAAAUCGUAUUUCAUCUGCAGACUGGUGAAUAUAACCAAAGUCUGUAUGAUUGUACCUUUCCCCUUUAAAGGUCCAGGAGUAUGAUUCUUGCUUGGGGUGUGAAAGGUCCUGGUUUCAAAUCCCGGACAAGCCCCCAUUUGUUACAUCACCUAAAAAGGUCCAGGGGAACGUAACCAAACUGUCCAAGUGGGAAAAAGGAAACAGGGAGGCAAAAUGGUUAAGUUAAAGGGUUUUAUUAAUUUUUCUAUUAAAAACUAAACUAAAAGAGUCGGACAAGCCACUAUCACCUUUUAAAGAAAGAAAACAACAAAACUCAAGUGUUCGUCAGUAAAAUGAAAAGUGAGUCAAAAAAUUGUUCAUCACCAAAACGCACUCCUUUCUGCAGAACAUGAGCAAUCAAGCACCAUACACACAGCUCACUAGCUGCAACCCAACAAGACUCUCUGGCAGUAGAGUUUACCUUUCUCUGGCCUUAAGUAUUCGUAAUUGCUGAUGGGAGUCAGCUGUACAAAAAAAGAUAGCACCUAAGGCAGGAGAGCUGGCAGGACACACCCACACAAGGUCACUUUCAAAGGAAGUCCUGCUAGAGCCGUAACAAUGAUAAAAGCCAAAAACAGUUCCGAUUACCUUAUGGUGAACCUCACACUGUAUGUUUCCCUUAUCUCAAAUGUCCAAGUGUGAUUAUCUCAUUUGUGUUAAAAGCAACCAGGCUCUUUCAUUUUUGCUAGAUUUCUACAGAUGUAUUUAAUGAAUUCAUGAUGGAGAAAACAAUUACGCUUUGAUUAAUGGGCUUUUUGGUCAAGCGUUCUGUAACAUGACAGACAAAUGAUAUUUGCAUGUAACCAAAGAACAAUCAACAGGGAAAAAAUGUUAAUUUCACUUCAUAUAAAAUCUUAGGAAAACAAACAAACAGAAGUCCAAAGCGGCGCACACAAAGACACCGUCGUGUGUAAUGAUGUCAGAAACAUUCUGUCAAACAGAUUCACAUUUCAUACGCACUACUCGGCCAUUUUCCCCAAGCUUCACAGAUGAACUGCAUCUAGAACACGCCUUAUCAAAAAAUGCUUUUUUCAGCUUGUAAUACAAAUCACUAUACUAUGCACCAAGUGGGAUUGAUAUCUUAUUAUUUUAAAUUCUUUCCGUCUUCUCCUUCUGUUGUACAUCACUGAGCCACUGAGUUUGCCUCCAGUUUUAGCUGAUGUUGUUGGAAUACAAAAUUUAAUUUCUUUUUAGAUAUUUUCACUUUUUUUUUUUUUUUUACUGCAUUUGCAAUAAAGAGUUCUCUCACAAGGCUUAAUAUACUAAUGGAGAUAGAUUUUAAUUAGCUGCUAGUUUGGUGAUAAUGGGCUGAUAAAAGAGGUCAGUGAAAUUAGUAAGUAAUAAAAUUGCACAACUGGAAGGGAUAAGCUAAGGUGAUAAAUACAAGGAAAAUAGGGUCUUCUUUUUUUGGGACUGAAUGUCCGAGGGAGAUGUUAAGAGAAUGAGCAAAUAAAUGGGUAAAUACUUUGUGAGUGCAGUGCCAAAGCCUUGGGCCUUUCCUGUAGCUCGUGAGUCCUCAUCACAGAUGUUUUGAGCAGAUUGCCAUUGCCAUAUUUCUCCUCUUUGCCAGACACAUACAAGUUAUAAAUCAAAUUAAGACAACAAAAUUACUUUUUUAUAGUUUGCACAGUGGUCUGCAAUGUUUUAGGUUUCUAGUAACAUUUUUACACUGAAAGCUGCGGAGAAGACGUCUGCAUACCUUUAUUCAGCAGUGUGCGUUUCUCUCUAGUAUCAGAUUUAAUACAUAAUGUGAAAUGUCUCUCUGAAUACAUGUAGCUAAUAAUGUGACUCGCAGAGAUUUGAAGUACUUAGAUGAUUAUCUGAAUUUCUAUUUGCAGAGACUGAUUGCUGGCUGCAGGUCUGAAUCCGAUUCUUUCCUUUGACUUUCAUAAAUACGUGCAGCUUCAAACCAUAUGGAGUAAAAUCGAGAGCUACUGUAGAUGAGCACUUAUGCACAUGAUAAUGCUUUCUUCGGUUUUUCUACACAUUAUAUGGGUUUGCUGUUACGUACAGAUUGCAGGUUUACAUGAUGGGCUUGUAAUAAAGCAGCACUUCUCUGGAUAAUUCUGACAGCUGAAGUAGAAAACGGGAUUUAUUGAGAGAAUGACUGCUCCAUCCUUCAAGACCUCACAUGGUCUUUAUCAGUUCCUAUAGUAGGGUUCACCCUUACAUCAGAACAUAUAGAUUCUCCUUCAUUUGCCUCACAUUGAUCUGAAUUGCUAUGCUGUUUCCAGAAACAAAACCUGUCAUCAGAUGUGUUAUUUUGGUUAGUAGAUUGAUUUCUCACCAGGUCUGGUCAUAUUUGCUCUGCUAAUUUAUGCUGCUUUUGGUAGAUUGUAUUUACCUUUGUUUAAAAGAUCUUGCUGCAUCUGUAUCUCUAAAUUAGUGGAUUGUUAGCUGAUCACCCCAGCCAUUCAUGUCAUUUUUUCCAUUGCAGCUUCAUGUUAACUUAUACUACUUAGUAAAUCUGUCCCAAAGUGUUAGGCCAAAAUAGUUCAUCAGAAUAGUUUCACAGGGUUUCGGCAUUCUGCACUGCUGCCUGCUGGAUGAAUUGACUGCCAUUUGCACAAUAAAUCUCCCUCAUUUGGUAAUGAUGGAGAGUGCUGUCUAGAACACAAGAGUUAAGCUGUGGGAUCAAAUGACGGUGAAGGUGCCGUCAUACGUUUCAUAUACUCGUGAAAACAUUAACGGUUUCCUCUUUUUCUGAGGAUUGUCGUUAUCCUCAAUGAGACUAUUCACAUACGCGUAGGCAGUUUUCCUUAUAUGAUAAAGAUGAUCACUUACAACAAGUUUCUGCUGAUGUCCAGUCACCCUGUCCACUCAGGGGAACCAAUGUGUACCUUCAAAAUGUCCCUGAUUCCCCUCAUUAUAGGGCUCAAACUUCAGGUUGCAGGUUAUAGAUAGAUCAUUACCCAGCAGAUCCAGUCUGCUACAUGUUAGACUCAUGAUAGUAGCAAAAUGUUGGUAUGUAUUACUCACUGAUUUUCAGUAGUUAUUUGUUUAUGAAAGUGCAACACAUAAGGGAAUAUCCCUUUUAAUAUUCUGCUUUUACUAGGACAUCACUGGGAGGCAAAUGUCUAUAUUUUAGAGAAUACAGAAUGAAUAAAACCACAGUUAAGCUGGCAUAAACAACAAAGAUCAUGAAGAUAUGCAUACAUUAUCUCUGAUAUUACACUAAUAUACAAACAUUUGAGAAUAAUGCCAUAAAUUCACUGCUGAGUAGCUUCAACAACAACAUUUUAAGAUGGAGUCAGUGGCUGCAAUUUAAGUGUUUGCAAUUUGCAUUGUGCAGGUCUUUGUUUAAGGGCUUUUUUCCAAUAAGUGUACCACCUACUAUUUCUAUGUUAAAAGAUGUUUUUGGGAAAAUGCACCUAUUAUCUACUAAAUGUCAAACUUGAUAGCAGUACCCAGGAAAAUACUCAAUACCAUUUUCAAAACCACGGUGAAAAAAUGUAAAUUUAAAAAAAAACAACCAAAAAAAUUAAAAUACUACAAACAAUAACAUCAAUGACGAACUUAUUUUUAAGCUGACUAAUGCAGCGCAGAAAAAUAGACUAACAUAACCAUGUCUGUGAAGGUUCUCAGUCAUAGUCUAAGGAGCCUGGAAAGAAAAGCGUCUGGACUUCUUUAAGUUUCCUUGAAGACGUUUCACCUCUAAUCUGAGAAGCUUCUUUAGUUCUAAGAGCAACUGAGUCCCAGAUUUUAAGCCCUAUGGGGCUUAAACAGGGUCCCCAAUCGGGUCAUGGAUUCCCUAUUGAUCCUCUGCCUAAUCACAGGAGACAAGAUGUGAAAAUGGGCUGGGGUCACAAUCGGCCAAGGUUUCACUCUGGGACUUUAAGAGAAACAAGAGAAGCACUUUUUAGACACAAAUAACUGUCUCAUCCUGUUAAAUUAGCCCUAGCUUUUAAAUUAUAGAUUGACAGGGACAAUGACGUUUCUUGUCUAGCUCCAGCGUUAACGUUAUCAUUUUAUUAUUAUCCGUAGCCGAUAGCUGCCUUAAUGAUGACUUAAGAGAUGUCUGAUGUUAAUGUGUGAGCCAGCCAGAUUAAUUUGUAUGAAAACAGGAGCUUUAUCGCUUCUCAAAAUUCCUCUUAGAGUGUUCUUCACCGUUGUGAACAUCAACUACUUUAGCUGCUAGUGAGUGUGGAGGGGCUGGAGGAGGCAAAGAUGGUGCUGUUAGUAUUGAAACUGCUGAAAAUGAGCAUCUAAUUUGAUGAAAGAAUUUUUGGUAUUCAUUAGUAUUUCUUUUACUAAUAUUUUAAGGACUUCAGUAUUCGAGAUAUUGGUUUACACAAUCGUGAUGCCAACAAUGAGUCAUUAUUUGUUCAUAGCAUUUGUGUCUCAUUUUGUUUUGUAAAGCAUUGCCUGCUGAGCUCUCAGAGAGUUCUAUAAUUGUUCCCUGUGAUCUCUAAUCUCUUCAGUCCUGCCUUUGAAACAUACAUACAUAUGUUUAAGGAGCUGCCAGAUUUACUGAGCGCUACAGAGAAUGUUUGAAUGCAGUCUCAUCCCACUCAGCGUCUCUAUCUAAACGCAGCCUCUCUGCUCUGGUCUACUCGGCUGCUGCUCUGCAUAUUUUUCAUCUUCUCUUCAAGCUUCAGCUCCUUUGUGUCAUCCCACAGAUGUCCAUUUCUCUGGAGUCUCGAGCUUUGUCUCUUGCUCUACCCCUUAACAAAAUACAGCAGCUGCAUGGGCAAAAAUUCUUCGGCUGAAUCUGUGUAGGCCUGGGUAUGUCCUACUACUUGGCUACUUGGAAGUGUCAGCAAGAUAUACAGUUAGAACCCUGAUAGAUUUGUGAUAUGUGAUAGAUAAGUUUUACUCUUUGCAUUUUCUGUUCAUAACAAACACAUUUCAUAAGCUUUACUUUAAGUCUUUCGCGUGCUUACUUGCUUUCUCGUGAAGUCAAAUGAGGAAACUGAGGAUGAAAAGAAGUCUUAGUUUCCAUUGUUUUAGGUGUAGCCUUACAAUCAAUGUCGAGACAUGAAACUCUGUCUUCAUUUAAAAAAAGCCCUGUGAUCACAUUUCCAAAAAGUAUCAAACAUUUUCCUUACACACGGGGUAAUUAUUAUUUCUUUUAGGUAGAGUCAUAUUUGACACGGGACCACUAACCAUGUGACCUUAACUUGUCCAUCUUUUUGCAUGUGUGACAAUUGUGGUGAAAAUGUAAGGUCAAUUAAAUAAGGCUCCAGGCUUUAAGACUGUGUCUAUUUGGCAACCACUCGCGUGAGGGGAAACAUGAGAACAGUAUAGAGUGGUUAGUUGAUGUGGGUGCUGGGAAAAACUGCUAAAACCUAACUCACCUUAGAGGAGACGUUUGCCUUCAAAGUAAAAAGUGCAGCUAUGGUGGGUGCAGCACUGAGGCUCAACUUUUACUUUUAAGGAAACCUUCUCCAUUUAACAGCUUAUUAGGGAAUAUUUGCAGACAAACGUAAAAAGCUACAGGCAAUUAUGGCAACCUGUUAGCAGCCAAAGUGACCACUCUGAGGUUGUUUGCUGCAGGAACCAGCAGGAACCCGCAGCGCUGAGAAACCACUUCCACGAAUAAACAUUUUUCAGGUCCAAUAGUUGUGACGGGUCCAAUAUAAGUCUUGAGCAAUGUGCACAGGCUGUUAUGGAGAAACUUCAUUCCUUAUUACCCCAGUGCUGCUACAUUGGUAAUGAUAGGAUUAGGAUUAGUAAUAAAACUAUAAGUGGCCGUUUACUUUCGAUCUCUUUCCAAUGUGAUCCCGUUGUUACCAAAAUUUAAGUGUUUUUUUUCCAGAAUUUUCAACCAUCAUAAUUAUAAUUGCUGUCGAAGCCAUGAAGCCAUAAUUUGCAUGAAUUCUCUGUAUUUAUAAACGUGCUUCCUCAAGGCAGAUAAUUCUCCACCAGCAGUGAAACAGCUGAAGGCGAGGGUAAUCUUGUCUUUGUUAACUGGGUAUUUCUAGAUUGAACUUUUAGACCACUGAGUUAAAACUCUCCCUCCAUACAUCUGCAGGGUGACCCAUUAUCACUAUUCUGCCGAGAGGCAACAAUUACCAAACAAUGUGCCCUCUGCUGCACGUUCAUUUUGGAGAGAGAAAAAAAGUUGAUUCUUACAGCUGAUAAGAAAAAUUAAACGGUUACAUUAGCUGUUAUGUUCAGAAGAGGACAAACGUUCUCACAUUCAUAUGAACAGACAGAUAAUUAUCUUGUGCAUAUUUUUAUUAUCUUGUAUUAUUAUAAUUGUCACUUACCCUCCAUUUACUGCAGAGAAUCCUGAACUUUUAGCUGUGUGGAACGCUUUCUAAUCGAAGCUUUAUAAUGUCUUGUUAGCUUAGUGUGUGAGUCAGCAGGGCUCUUGUGCGUUUCACCCUGGCUUUGCAUUGGAAAGUGUUCACCAUCUUAAAGCCUCUUUCCAUGCUUGAGAUGGUGCCAUAAUUCCAGAGCCUGGAUGUUGCCAGAUAAUUGGCGUCCCCUUACAUGGAUGUGAGGAGUGCAGUGACGAAUAACAGAGUAAGAGUAUGAUCAAACUGGACCCCAGUACCGUCGCCACCGCCCAUGUGAUAUGCAAUAAUCACUCCAGUGGGGACUGGCUGCUAUUUCAAGCUAGUUUUUCAGAAAGAAAAAAAUAUGUGAAUAACCCACAGUCAGAUUUAACUACAGUUUAUUUAUGGCAAUGAAUAAAGUUACAGAUUAAAGCAGAAUGAGAAGCUUCUCUGGCAUGUGUGAAAUCACAGGUGUCAGUGUCAUUAGCAUACUGACGCUCAAAGCUUUUCAUAUGCAAAAGAGACUGCCAGAAAUUUCCACCUCACAUCCCUUAACCCUGCUACUCCACAACUCCUUACUCAUCUGCAAUUAUCUUCAUGUUUGAUUUUUGUGUGUGUGUGUGUGUGUGUGUGUGUUUAUUUUGUUGUUGUUUUCUAUGGCCUCUCAAUUCCCCUGAUGGAUAUGAAACUGCUGAACAUGUUUAGUCAAAGCAGCCACAGUGAUGGGCUUAAUAAAGACGCGGGGAGUGGAGAGGAGGAGCUGCGGUCUGGCUGCAGCUGCUGCAUUGGUUGCCUGCUCAGCAGUGGGAAGGGACUGAAUGAGCAGAGAGAGAGAGAGAGAGCAGGAGGAAGCAAGAGGGAGGGAGAGAGAAUUGGGGGAGGAGGUGAGUGCUCUUGUUGGGAGAUAGGGAAUGCCCGUUAGUUGCGUCUGCCGAUAAUAGCACAUCAGCCAGUGCACUCCUAUUGGGAGAGCAGAGCACAGGCAGAGCAGAGGGACCGAGCUGCUGAGCAAAGAAUGGUACACUAGAGUAGACAGGCACACUCGGAAAGAGAGCGAUACUGGCACAAUCAGAAAGAAACAGAGAGUGAGAGACCCAGGGAAGAGAGCGCAUCAGCACACAUAGACAAGAGGACUGAACAGGCGCGGGGCAGUGGAAAGAGGAGAGGAGGGACAGGGGGAAUCAAAGUUACCAGGUCAGCAAGAGAACGUGGAAGUGGAGCAGCUGAGACUCUCGGGGGUUUCACUCCCACCGCAGCAGCCGGGCGCAGCAUUAAGACGCGCAGGAGGAGAGUGAUAUUACAGGACAGGAUAGAACAAGUGCUUUAACUUCUUCACAGAAAGACAGUCCUGUCAUAAGGCGAGGGUAAUGCUCCUCACAGGAACCUUCUGCACUUCUACUUUAGGAUUAUCACAGCAAGAGAGCUUCACCAAGCAGAGGACACUUAAACCUGCCAGAGGUGCCUGAGCAGUUCAGUUCUACACAGGAGACCUUUUCAUCCAUCCGUGGGCUUUCAGGUGGAUGUAGUGUUGCUGUGUGGAUUUUAUCCUUUAUUGCUUCAGAAGGUGAAGCAGUGAAGAUUUGGAGGGCAAGUUGUUCUGUCCUAUCAUCUCUGAGACUAUGGUAGACUGUGUGUCAGAGAGCCCCUCAUCAGCAGCUGCAGCCCUAGAGUAUGGAGAAGUCCAGCAGUGAGGAGUCAGCCAUUCACCGUAGCCCUUCUGUAGACAGCCGCGAAUCCGAUUUUGCUCAAGCCUCCACGUCUGGCCGCCCUUUCGGUGGCCGCGGCUUCACUGCCGGCGCUUUCUACGGCUCCACGGGGCCACGCAAAAACACGCAGCAGGGGCAGACUGGAGCUGCAGCUGACGCCAGCGCGGGAGACAAGACUAACAACAAGUACAGCUCACCCAAGGGCAGCAAAUACAUAGUCUUUUACCUGGAUCUAUCCUUUGUGUUCCUUUUAGAAUUUAAGAAGUGCAACAUGGCAAGAGGCUGCCUCUGCUGCUUGAAGUAUAUGAUGUUCAUCUUCAAUCUCAUCUUCUGGUUAUGUGGCUGCGGGCUGCUCGGCGUGGGCAUCUGGCUCUCGGUGUCUCAGGGAAGCUUCGCCACCUUCUCACCCUCAUUCCCUUCACUGUCAGCUGCCAAUAUGGUCAUUGCCAUCGGCGCCAUCGUCAUGGUAACAGGCUUUCUCGGUUGCCUGGGUGCCAUCAAGGAGAACAAGUGCCUGCUUCUGAGCUUCUUCAUUGUCCUGCUGAUAAUUCUUCUGGCGGAGGUGAUUUUGCUCAUCCUGUUCUUUGUGUACACAGAUAAGGUGCGUGAGAAUGCCAAACAGGAUCUCAAGGAUGGGCUGGCUCUGUACAACUCAGAAAACAACAUAGGCCUGCGAAAUGCCUGGAACAUCAUCCAGGCAGAGUGGAAAUGCUGUGGAGUGAUAGGAUACACCGACUGGCACGAGGCCCUGAAGGACAAAGUAGUUCCUGAUCGCUGCUGCCAGGAGCAUUACCAGAACUGUGGGCGGAACUCCACCAACAUGUUCUGGAACAGGGGCUGCUUUGAGAAAGUGGAGGAAUGGCUGGAUGACAAUAAGUAUCUGCUGGGAACCAUAGGCAUGGUCAUCUUGGUAGUGGAGCUCCUGGGCAUGGCAUUCUCCAUGACAUUGUUCCACCACAUUCACAGAACGGGAAAGAAGUAUGACGCUUAGCCUUGGGACAAGCACCAAAUGGAGAGGAGCCCCAGUGCUUGAUGGGAUAAAGACUCUGAUUCAAACAUACAUCCAUGCUUUCCCUCUUUAGAGCAUCCUUUUCCCCCUUCUCAGAUCGUCUGUACAGAUUCCAGCUGCUCUGUCCUGCUGUCUCCUCUCACCAUUCAUUUUGCCAAAGAGUAACACAACUGGAAGAGAAGAGGCACCUACUUUUGGCAAGGAAGAGAAUCCCAUAUGUUGUCCCUUCUCUUGAGUACACUUGUUUUUUGGCUUUUUCUGUUCUUCUUUGGCUUGAACUAACCAAUUGCUGGAGGGAAAGACAGACAUUGAGACAAUGAAGACUUUACAAAUGCCCAAACAGCCCCACAGGGCGAAAAAACCCACGAAAGUGACAAAACCCUCCACCUCAUGUGGAGUUUUUUUUCUUCAUGCUUAUUAAAUUCUAUCCCUGUUUUUUUUCCCCUUGUAAAUGAAAAAGAUCCAACAUGGCAUGCUAGUUUUCUACUUCACUGAUUUAUCAAUGAAAUGACCGUUGUUAUUAUUUUUAUUUUAAACGUAUUGUUUUCUUGUUGGAUUUGCUUUUGUAAGUAUAUCAUCCUGUGGAAUGUAAGUGUCGAACAGAUCGGUGCAAUGUGUGUGUGGGUAUGUGUGUGGGAUUGGUUUUGAGGUAACAUUGCUGCAGACGGGCAAAGGCACGUAAGGAUGCAGAGGUUUAGGUGAAAUGAGCUUCAUGGAGGAGCAUCGUGUAAGCACGAGGAGUCAUCGGUGGAUUCAUUUUACACCAAACAUUUGUCUGCGAACAAACUCGCGCACAUGCAUUUUGUGCUGCCACGCAGCAGCAUACCCGUUCCCUGUUAGACAAUAUAAAUGAUGUAAAAUGGCUGUUUAUUAGGGCUCCAGCAGCACUGUCAGCUGUAGAGAUCUAGGUGAUAAAGUCCCCCGUUUGAGAAAGCAGACUGGGUUGUGUACACGCAUGCAUUUUAUCACACAGUUCAAGCUGCAGAGGAGAAAAAACCCACUGAGAAAGACUUAGAAUCAAGGGCAGGAUGGAGCAAAAACCGAGCAGACACGCUGUCUCGUUUCGGCUAUCAAUAGCGUUAACAGAGGUGGCUCUAGCCUUUCUGUACUGAAGAUCUCAUCCAUUCACACCGCACUCCUCGUGCUUUCUCUCGGCGGCUUGCAACUCAACCCUGCCUCUAUCUUUUCUUUUUCACUCUAAUUUUCUUUCUUCGUGUCAGGCAGCAAUGAGUUUCAUGCUCCAUCCAGUGCUUCUGCUGACAUUCCUGCUCAUCACACGUUUACACCUCCGGUUUGCAACCCCCUUCAAUUUUACGUAGGCUUCAUUUUCUCGCAGCAACCAGAGGUGGGGCGAGAUGGGAGUGUGAGAGUGUUGCCAGAUCAAAGCUCAGACUGAUAUGUAUGGCAACAUGCCCUGUAGGACACAUCAGUUUAUGUCUGUUUACAUCUACAUUCUCUGCAGGGGGCCAGAGUGCCAGCCUUCCUCCUGAAGACUGAAAAUAUUCCAUCUGCUGUGGCGACUUCAAAAAAUGCCCUCCGGUGUGUCCGCUCUAGGCUUCAAAAUCUCCAAAGAAACGGUGGAAUAAAGACCUCGCUUACUGUCAAAGGAUCACUGUAGCUUUUGGAAUCAUAAGGUUGUAUUCAGUUGUGACAUAGUGCUUUCCAAAGCAAGUGCAAUUAGAGAUGUGGGAAGAUUGCUAUAUUUUAAUCAAGAACAAAAAAAUAGCAGUAAAUAAGCCGGCCAAUAAUUACAAAACAUUUGUAACAGAAUGUUAGCAGAUUGUUUUGCACAAAGGUUUUUACUACAGAGGGAAGAUUUUAAAGAAAUGGUCUAUUUAAGCUGAUAUUUUACCACAGUUGCGUCUUUACCAUCUUUAUUUUGAAUUUCUGUUACUGAAGCGUUGACCUGUAUUGUCAUGUUUGCCACUAUGCCCUGUUUCUCUUCAUCUCAUCCAUUCAAGCCGAUUCAGUUUGUAGAUUCCUGCAAGUUGGUUGGACUUCAAUUCAGUAGCAACUCUUUCAGAACACAGUAAAAGCUCAUAUAAACUUGGAAUUGUGGAAUCUUUAUGAUGCAGAGUACUGUACUUGCACGACAGGAAUUUAGGAUUGUGUUUUACCACCUAGUUAAGUCAAGUCUCCCAUUUAUAGCCUAUAUCGCCUGCUCAUGUGUAACCAGUAGAGCUGAGCUUGGCUACCAGGGAAGCUGCCAAUUAAACUUUUACAAGUGGUUGCGUUCUAAAUUGUUUCCUACAUUAUAGCUGCAAUUAAAUUUAUUGCUUUGAAUGACGCAUCAAUGAAGUACUGUCUAUUCCUGCUACCUGAACUAACAAAGAAAAUAAGCCACUCAUUUACUCACGUGCCCCCUUGAUGUGAGAUGCUUCAGAGUAUCUCCUGAAGUCAUUGUUGGCAUUUUAGGAAAAAUUAGUCUGAUGAUUUCUUAAUUUAAGGGAGAGUUUUAGGAAGAGAAAGGGGAAUUCUUGCAACAGGAAGCAACAAAUUUGUGCUGUUUUGUGCAGUGACCCUGCUGGCUGUGAUACACUGUCUGCCCCCAUAUGCUCCAACUCUUCCUGUUGUGUCCAUGGGGGAAACAUGACAGCUGCUGAUGUACAGUGCAGGCACGAGCGAUCGCGUUUCCUCUGCUCGGCUGCCUCCACAAACUCAACACAUCCCUUACUUACUGCCUCACUCUGCAGACACCUGGCGCUAUUCAGUAACUGGCAAUGUGGUUUGGACACCUUAAAGCACUCGUAAGGUACCCGAGACGGGUUAGCGGAGGAAUAGCUCAAAACAGUUUGGCAAAUGAGGCUGUGCUGUAUCCUUACUGCAAAAAAAGAAGGUUCAAAGGAAACCCGAGAUAGCCGCACAUGUAACAGAAAUACAAGAUUGCAGAAUAGUGGGAAUAAAGCAAAUCCGUUGGGAGGUCAGAGCCUCAGCCUGCGGACGCUGUUUGCUCUCGGCUGAUCUGACUGGGGCGACAUUUUCUUCUCUGUGUAAAAUCCUUACCCCAUUUUCCAUGAUUAUGUCAAUGUUACAUUGUGUUUGUAAUAUGCGGGGAUGAAUGCCAUUUUAACAAGGGGGGCUGUUUAAUUAUGUUCGUUUUGUACACUUUUCUGCUGUUUAAAUGUUUGUUUUUAUACAAUAUGCUGUUGAUUUUCUUGUUGUAGGUUCUGUUUUUAUUGGCUUUCCCCCCAUUUGUAGUUCACUUUGAGUACAUGACAUCAUUAAGCAUUUUUUCCUAGAGGAUUAGUCUUUGCAGUGUUCCUCUACAACAUGCAAAAAUGCCUUUUCUGUGUUUCAGCGAUGCAGGCGGUUAAAGCAAUUAACGUAGAACAAAUAGAAGGAAAAUCUGGCAUAUAGUAUCAGGCAAAGUCCACAAAAGACAUACUGCGCUUUUGUCGUUGUGCUUCUUUGUAUUAGGAUCAAAUUAAAUUGAAUUAGGACGCGCAGCUAUAAUCUGCAGUAUCUCUUCAAACUGCCAGUGCAGGACCCAUUCUGUACUCUUAGAGCAUGAACUGUUAGACGACUGUACAACAGAGUUCAUCUCGCUCCAGUGUAUCAGCUCACUGUAAAUAUGCCCAUUUUACAAGUGAUGUAACUUACUGUUAUACCUCUGCCACUUCGCCUAACAUUCACAUCAACAGGCUGGUUUUCUGACAGCCCGUGCCCUUUUUUAUGCUCAUUUACAGACACUUGUACUGUAUGUUAUCCACUUUUUAUGUCUGCCAGAUUUCCUGCCUCUGUUUUCUCUUCAAGCACGAGAGCGGUGUAAAUGUUCAGUAAAUUUGUGUUUGUGUCAGUACAGUCCUCAUAUAUUUUUGACUGCAUUUUCAUCUUUUAGUAAAACAUGAUUUCUUUUUUUUUUAAUUGAUUUUUUUUAAGGAGUAUAAAAUAUUCCGUCUCAUCCAAGGAAGCACUCCCAGUAAGCCACGGAAAUGGUGAAGGAAGGAUGCACAUGCAGUAAUUGGGUUUCGUCUGCUGUGAAAAAUUCUGAACAUAAAAACUGUUUUUUGUUGUUGUUUCCUUUCGUUUUGUGUGUGUGUCAGAAUCAUUUUUUGCCACCUUCGACAUAUUAUUUCUGUAAUCUGCUCCUAAUCCUUCCCCUGUGCUGAAGCUGAAUAUGUGAGCAGUGGAAAUGUAUGCUCUAGAAAUGGUGUGUUUGAUGUUGUGUUCUGCUGGGUGGCACUAUCUGAUACCUGCCAGCCUUGUCCUGUGGAGUUUUCUGCUACACGUGAAAGCACUCUGAAUAUCUAUACUAGCUGGUGCACUACUUUCUCUUUACUCGCUAAAUCAACUAUUUUUUAAAUAAAGGAAAGAGUGUCAGAAAAAAUCUCUCGGUACAGUACGCUUAUUGCCUUUCUUGUCUAAUGACUUGAUGCUUCGGAUUCCCUUUUUAUGUUGCCGUCAAUUAGAUUUGAUUCAGAAUUUGUUUGUGGGGUUUGGGGGGUGGAGUGGAAGACUCGGCAUGAAGAGCAAAGUGAAGUGGCGUCAGCAGAUCCCAUGAUACAUGAAGUGUUCUGUGUAUACAAUCCCUGUCUGAAAAUGGGCUCUUUUUAAAAAAAAAGCAUAACAAAACCUGAGGGACUGUUGUCCUAAAGAUGCUGAGAUGAGCUAAUGGUGGUGAGCCAGUCAAGAAGAGGUUCUUUUUCUAAAGAACAAAGUGAAGAUGAUGAAAGUGGGAACCAUUGCCAAUUUGUCUCACGCUUCAACAGCACGGAGUGAAAAGCUCAGUAUUUUUGUGUGCAGCUUGAUCCCCUCCUUUUAACCUAAUUGUUAUGGGGCCUGUGUGCGAUAGUGAGUGGAGUUUAUUGUGCCAUUCCACCCGGGCUUUUUGUUUUUCCAUCACUGUUCCUUCUAUGCAAAAUAAUAAUAAUUAUGACCUAUUUUAGCCUUUGUACAGAUUAUUUUGUAUGAAUAACGUACUGAAAUAAAGUGAAAAGAAUCAA